AUGGCAUGGCCCUGCAUUACGAGGGCUUGCUGCAUUAACCGCUUCUGGAGUGAGUUAGACAAAGCAGAUAUCGCCGUGCCUUUAGUUUUCACUAAGUAUUCGGAUGUAGCCGAGGUGCAACAUCUACAUCCCCAACCUAAGCAAGUGAAUGUGCAAAAAAGGACAAAGCCAGUCACCAUAGAAACUCAACCUUCCCAUAGUGUUCCGGAUGCGUCGGCUAAAGUACCUCAUCCAACCGAUGCCGCAUCGACUCAAGAUGGGUCAAGUGCCUCAGUGAUGCGCCAGGAUUUCAAAGCGUGGAAAGUGCGUCCCGAACCUAGCUGCAAACCGAAGAACGAGUAUCAUCCAUCUGAAACACCUUUCAUCAACGAGACUCAGUAUCAAAAGGACUUUAAACCGUGGCCCAUACCGAAAAAGGGAGAUCACCCUUGGAUUCCAAAACCCAGCCCCACGACUUCUAGUCCGAAGGCUCAGGGCAAGUACUCAAAGCUAGAAGAUGCAACAACUGAAGUUGAAACUGGUGUUGAAAAAUGUGAAAUUGAAGACAAAGUGCAAGAAAAAGUUAUAAAGGAGAGCAAAAAGAAACAAGUAAAGAAAGAGAAGGAUACCGAGAAGAAAGCGGAAGAUGUUUCCUUGGAGGGUACAGGGAGGUCAGUGGCAGAUGCAGUGAAUAGGCAAAUUAAGCAAGAAGUGACAUCUUUGAGCUCUUAUAGAACUGAAUUCAAGGCUUACACUGGUGUUAAACCAGUUAAACCAAUAAAAGCCCAAAGUCAGUAUAAACUUCCGGUAGAGGAGAAGACAAGCCUGGAGACCAGCUACAGUGCCACCUUUAAGGGGGAGCAGACCAAGUCUCAGACCACAGAUAACAGGCUGAUGGAGCGCCGGAGGAUACGGAGUCUAUACAGUGAGCCAAGCAAAGAGUCCACUAAAGUGGAGAAACCAGCUGCUUCACACUCUAAACCAAAAAAGACAACAAGCCAUAGCAAAACAGUGAAAAAGGCUAAAGAGAAGCAAAUUCCUGGCAUCCAACCUGUUAAGAAGAAAACCUCAGUUAGCAACAUUGAGUCCAAGCCAGAGGGGGGAGUCACCAAGAAAAGUAAAGAAAUAAUGAACAGACUCGCUGAGGGGAAGGAUUAA